GAUCUAAUUGACGUUUCUUCGACCUAGUAUAAAAGGAAAAAUGGGAGAGACGUUCGACCCGCGACCCCUCAAUGGCGACACUCACCCCGUGGUCUCUCCAAGUCCCGACCUACGACCUGCGACUUGAGAGGAAUCUCACCAGAGUCCGCCGUCGGUGACCUGCGACUGUUUGCAACUGAUAACCUCUCUCAAGACCAUUGUUUGUACCUCUCAUCAACAACCACAUCCCUCACUUCCAGUUCUAUAACCACCACAGCUGCGACCAAUUCUGGGCAACGAGAAUGCUUAUCCUUCUACGAUCGUCUUCUUCAGUCCAGUCGUUGCUUGGAUUCGCUCAAGUAGAUUCACGCUUCCCUAUCCACCACCAGUUUCAUCUGGGAAAACCCCCAUUUGAGUGCCCAGAUCAUCAUCAAAUACUCUCUAUUUGAUGACCUGGGAAGUGGCCGAUUUUUGUUCAAUGAGAUUUCUGGAACAAAAUCAUUCCUAUUGAACACCAUGAUCCGAGCCUAUGCCAAUGGCGGCCAUUUCACGGAAGCCCUCGAACUCUAUUCACUUAUGCACAAAAUGGGUAUCGUACGCAACAACUAUACGUUCCCCUUUGUUCUGAAGUCAUGCGCCUCAAAAUCACUCUCUCGAGGGUCGAUUGAUUCAUGUCGAUGCCAUUAGGACUGGGUUUGAGUCGGAUUUAUUUUUCAAAGCUGCUCUGGUGGAUAUGUAUGCUAAAUGUGGUGAAACGGAUGAUGGACGUAGAGUGUUUGAUACAAUGUCGAAUAGGGACCUUGUCUACUGGACUGCCAUGAUAACGGCUUAUGAACAAUCGGAGCAUCCCAAAGAAUCGUUAAUUUUGUUUCGAGAGAUACAGGAAGAGGGUCUUUCCCCGGAUUCAGUCACAAUGGUUUAUGGAGUGAAUCCCAACCCAGUUACUUUAUCAAUUGCAGUCUCUGCCUGUGCUUACAUUGGGUCUCUUCGCCUUGGAAGGAAGCUCCAUGGUUUCAUCAUCAAUAUCAGAAUGGUCAUUGAUACAACAUUGUGGAAUGCCAUAAUUGAUAUGUAUGCAAAGUGUGGACACUUGGACUCUGCCGUUCACAUGUUUAAUAACAGUUCCUCAAGCCAAAAAAAUGUUAGUUCCUGGAAUUCGAUGAUUGCAGGGUAUGGCAUGCAUGGGUAUGGUAAAGAAGCACUUGAGCUCUACUCACAAAUGAUAGAGGAAGGUUUUCUACCAAACCACAUCACUUUCACAUCUAUUCUCUCUGCCUGUAGUCAUGCAGGCCUUGUUAAUGAGGGUAGGAAAUGUUUUGAAGACAUGAAAAUGCUUUCUGUGACCCCUGAGGUGAAACAUUAUGCGUGCAUGGUUGAUAUGCUUGGGAGAGCUGGACUCUUGCAAGAAGCUCUUGGUCUGAUAAAGGAAAUGCCAUUGGAGCCAAAUGAUGGGGUGUGGGGAGCUUUGCUUUUGGCUUGUAGAAUCCGUGGGAACACCGAGUUGGGGGAACUUGCAGCUAAGAAUCUGUUCGAUCUUGAACCAGACCAUUCUGGAUACUAUGUACUGAUGUUGAAUAUAUAUGCAGCAUCAUGCAAAUGGCAAGAAGUUGGGAAGCUGAGACAAGAUCAGUCUCAUCCACAAAUUUGGGAGGUGAACAGAAAAGUAGAGGAUUUGAUGGUAGAGAUGAAAAUGGUGGGUUAUGUGUCAGACCUAUCAUGUGUUCUCCACGAUGUAGAAGAGGAAGACAAGGAACAUAUCCUCAACUACCACAGUGAAAAGCUUGUUGUUGCUUUUGGAAUUAUGCACAUCAACCCUGGAAUGCCUAUACAAGUCACUAAGAACCUCAGGGUCUGCAAUGAUUGCCAUUCCACAUUCAAAUUCAUCUCACUUGCUUAUCAGAGGAAGAUUAUUGUUAGAGAUACAAAUCGAUUCCAUCACUUUGAAACUGGGCCAUGCUCAUGCAAGGAUUAUUGGUGAGCUGUAUCAAGUCAUAGGUUGGCUUUGACAUCUCACAAUGUUGUGAGAUUUCUUUUCAGGCAAGAACUUAUCUCACACAUGAUUAAACAGUCUUGUAGCCCUUGUCGGUUGAGGGUUACCUCCCAAUUGAGUAGGUUGGUCCUUCAAAGUACUCCUAUCAGAAUUGAAAAAAGAAAUCACCAAAGAUGUUACUGUCCUAUGCCAUGGAGUAUGGCAAGUUGCCUUUAAUCUGGAGGGGAUUGAUGAGAACACCAAUGUCAUUCGAGUUCGGCACUAGCAUAGUUGCAAAUCGGAAACUGUUGUGUGACUACUUGCUUAAUGUCAUUCUUUAGGCUCAUGUUGAGGAUGUACCAAACAUUUGGGUGGUCAAGAGAAGCAAAAAAUACAUUAACUUGCUGGUCUGGCUGUUACACCAGGAAUUUAUACCUCUAGUUUCUUGAUCCUGCUUUUGGUUAGGCUCUAUUUAUAUUGGCAUAAAAUAGUUGAAAAUGAAAAUUUUACUGUAAUA